AUGGCCUCGAUUAAAGUUUUAGUGGCGCAUUCAAAUGUACAGAAUAUCGAUGAUGCGCUAGCUAAGUUAACAAAAUUAAACUCAAAACAAGGUCCAUUCGAUGCUUUAUUUAUGCUUGGUGAUCUUCACAAUUCAAUUAAGGAGAUACAUACAGAUGGGCUACCUCCAACUUUUUAUCCAUCAUAUAAUGAUGAUGUGACAAAUACUUCAACGGAUCUUGAGAAUCAUGUUACUUUGCUUAACAAUUUUGGAAUUUAUCAGCUAGCCACUGGAUUAAAAGUCGUAUAUACACCACAUAAUUUUAAACAAUUAGACGAUCGCAAAGAACUGAUAUUACAAAAAUUAGAAAUGUUCAAUGAGAAAGUGGAUAUUUUAAUUUCACAUAUUGGAGGCUCAAAGCAUUCAAAAGAAGCCGGCAGAAAUUCAGGUUCUGAUAUUAUUGAUGCAAUUCUAAGGAAAGUUGAGCCUAAAUAUCAUUUUAGUUACAAUGACCAAUUGAAAUACUACGAGAACGCACCUUUUCAAUGGAAAAAAUCCGGUAGAAUCACAAGAUGUAUGAACAUCCCUGUAUUUGGCUCAAAAGAAAAAUGGGCAUAUGCUGUACUAAUAGAAUUGGAUGAUAAUGAAUCAGCUUAUGAGGUUCCCCCAAAUAUUGGAAGCAAUCCUUUUGAAGAGUCUAAACAAAAUAAAAGAGGUAGAGAAGCAAAAUAUACAACUGACAUUAAAGUUAAUCCGUUCACUAAAGAAACUCAAAUGAAAAAACCUAAAAUUGUUCUUCCAAAUCAAUGUCAUUUCUGUUUUACUAAUCCAAAUAUAGAAGAUCAUAUGUUUAUUUCAAUAAAUAAAAAUUCAUAUUUAACAACAGCAAAAGGUCCAUUAUCUGUUCCAAAAGAUGAAAUGCCAUUUUCAGGUCAUUGUUUAAUCAUCCCUAUCAAACACAUCCCAAAAAUUAGCCAAUCUAAAACCCAAGAAGAACUUCUUGAAUUGAAUAAAGAGUUGAAUGAUUACGAGUUAAGUAUAGCGAGGAUGAAUUUUAUAAAAUACGAUAUGUCUACUAUCGUCUUUGAAAUUUCAUCUUCGACAUCUUUCCAUUUCCAUAAACAAGUCAUACCAGUUCCAAAAUACCUUAUAUUCAAUUUUUCCUCUGCCCUUGAUAGACAGCUAUAUUUUAAUAAUGAAAAAUUUAAGUUAAACGGUAAUUUAAAUUUUAAACAAUAUACUGUUGGAAGUUCAGAAUAUAAUGACAUAGUAAAUGACAAGAACAUUGAGUAUAUGCAAUUCAAAGUGUAUGAAACAUCCGAGGAACAACCAAUAGUGUAUUUGUCUACCUUUUUGACUGGUGAGAAGAUUGACCUUCAAUUUGGGAGAAGAGUUAUAGCAUAUGUUUUAAGAUACCCUAAAAGAAUUAUGUGGAAUUCACCAACUUGUCAACAGACAAAGGAGCAAGAAAUUGAAGACGUUAAAAAAUUCCAAAGUGGAUACAAGAAUUAUGACAUUUCUAAUUAA